GCCGCCGACCCGUCGCCCGUCGUCGUCAUCGAGACGUCCCUCGGGUCCAUGGCGGUCGAGCUCACGCCGGGCUUGACGCCGCUGACGGUGGCGAACUUCCUCGCCUACGUCGACGACGGCUUCUUCGACGGCCUGAUCUUCCACCGCGUCAUCGAAAACUUCAUGGUCCAGGGCGGCGGCUUCGACGACGAGAUGAACGAGAAGCCGGCGCGCGAUCCCAUCCCCCUCGAGCGGUCCGGCGUCAGCAACCGGCGGGGGACGAUCGCCAUGGCGCGGACGAACCACCCCGACUCCGCGGCGUCGGAAUUCUUCAUCAACCACGCGGACAACAAGUUCCUCGACAGCCGGAGCGACCACAACGGCUACUGCGCCUUCGGCUUGAUCGCCGGCGACGACGCGGCCGCGUCCCUGGCGACGCUCGACGCCAUCGCGCGCGUCGCGACGCACACGGUCGCCGGGGGCCUCGACGACGUGCCCGUGGCGCCCGUCUACAUC